CACACACAACUCCUCCUCCUGUAUGCGGCUGAAAGGAGAAAGCGGAAGAAAUCCUUCUCUGAAACUGUGUUUCUCAAUCCGACGGAAGCCGAUACAGGGUAACUUUCUGCUGACGUGUACGAUCCAGAUUCGACCUCCUCUUAGGUUCUGACUUCUGAGCGCUUUGUCUCUCCCUCUUCGCCCCCUUCGUUUCGCUCCUUCCAAGCUCUUCCGUUUUUCUCUGUCUUGGUGCCCAAUUUCGCCAUGCCUGGGGAGGAAUUGGGUUGACCUGCCUGCGACCACCACGUCUGUCUCCUCCUCCUCAUUCACAAUUGGAGGGAAGAGACCACGUCAAAAGCAAUAAUGGCAGAUAGUGCAUCGUCAUCAUCCCCUAAACCCCUUCAGUCCUCCUCAAACCCGAUGGACCCAACCACCGUUGCUCAAAAUCCUUCUUCAAACCCACAAAUUCAAUCACCUUCUAAUCUUUCCCAAUCUCCCUCAAUUGACCAUCUCCCUCAUAUUUCUUCCCCUCCCCUCCCUCCCCUCUCCCAAAUCUCUAACCCUCAGCAGCAACAGCAGCAAUCACAGCUGCUUCAGCAGCAGCAGUUGCAACAGCAGCUUAGUCCUGCUGCUUCUGGGUUAGAUUAUCAACAGAAAUCCCUGCAGCAACAGCAACAACUGCAGCAGCAGCAACAGUCACAGCCUCUGAUGCAGCAGUCUCAAAAUGCGAAUGCCAAUCCAAUGUCGAAUUAUCAAAUCCACCAAAGUCUUCAGAGAUCACCUUCAAUGGCCAGGUUGAGUCAAGUUCAGCAGCAGCAACAGUUUGGUGUUAUGAGACAGCAAGCGGGUUUAUACGGGCAGAUGAAUUUUGGUGGUUCUGCUCCAACACAGCUCCAGAAUCAGCAGCAACAGCAGCCACAACAGCAGCAGCAGCAGCAACAAAUAGGAGGUUCAAAUUUGGCGCGGUCAGCGUUAAUAGGACAGAGCGGGCACCUCCCCAUGUUGCCGGGUGCUGCUGCUCAAUUUAAUUUAUUGGGCUCGCCGAGGCAAAAGAGUGGAUUAGUCCAAGGGUCACAAUUUCAGCCAGGUAAUUCUGCCGGCCAACCUCUCCAAGGAAUGCAACAGAUGGGCAUAAUGGGUUCACUUAAUCUCAACCCACAACUAAGAGCUAAUGGAGCCGUUGCUUAUGCUCAGCAGCAGCAGCAGCAGCAGCGAAUGAACCAGGGUCAAAUUAGGCAGCAACUAUCACAGCAAAGUUCACUCAGCGCAUCACAGGUUCAGGGUUUAUCCAGAACGUCAUCCCUUGCAUUUAUGAAUUCUCAAUUACCCGGGUUAUCUCAGAAUGGACAGCCAACAAUGAUGCACAAUUCUUUAACUCAGCAACAGUGGUUUAAGCAAAUGCCAGCGAUUUCCGGCCCUGGCUCUCCUUCUUUGCGUCUCCAACACCAAAGACAACAAUUGUUGUUGCAGCAGCAGCUAGCUUCAUCAACCCAACUGCCACAAAACUCUAUGGGUUUGAAUCCACAGCACUUAUCGCAGUUGGUACAGCAGCAGCAGCAAUCAGUGGGGCAGCCUCAGCUGCACCAACAACAACAGCAACAGCAGCCCCAGCAGCAGCAGCAGCAACUAAUACAACAGCAAUCGCAACAACAUUCUCAGCUACAAACACCUAUUCAUCAGCAGCAGCAGCAGUCUCCAAGGAUGCCAGGACCUGCAGGCCAAAAGUCACUUAGUCUAACAGGAUCACAGCCCGAUGCUACAGCAUCUGGCGCAACUACACCAGGGGGAAGUUCAAGUCAAGGAACAGAAGCAACAAACCAACUGCUUGGGAAGAGAAAGAUACAGGAUUUAGUUGCUCAGGUGGAUCCACAGGGCAAGCUGGAUCCUGAAGUUAUUGAUAUUCUUUUAGAGCUCGCUGAUGAGUUCAUUGAUUCUGCCACAACACAUGGUUGCAUUUUAGCUAAACAUAGAAAAUCAUCAACUUUGGAGUCCAAGGACUUAUUGCUACAUCUAGAGAAAAAUUGGGAUUUAACAAUUCCAGGAUAUUCGAGUGAAGAAAAGAAGCAUCAGAGCAAACUUCUAUCAAAUGAUCUUCACAAGAGGCGUCUAGAUAUGGUACGUACAUUGAUGGAAUCCUCACACUCUGAACCAAGUAUGAACAGUACUAAAGAUGUGAGUAGACAGGGCCUUGCUAACCCUGUCGGUGCCCACCAACUGAUGAGGCCUUCAUUUAGCUCAGAGCAGUUGGUUUCUCAAUCAGCUAAUUCUCAAUCAGUUGGUUUCUCAACAAGAUUUUAAUUAAUCCACCGGUUCUUGGUCUCUAUGGUGGUUUGUUUAACUGCCUGGACACUGGUCUGGAAGCAUUUGCGGUUACUGAUUGGCUUACGAGGAAGUGUAAUUACGUGUUCUUUUGGACACGAAAAUUAGGAUCACAGCAUUUGACAUCAUGUAGCUUCUGUAUAUUUUUUUUAUAUCAAAUAUGGAUUCGAAAUAUUCAUUUGCUUUUGCUUUUGGCCAGCAUCAUGACAUUAGUUUUGGCUAAAUUUUGAUUUUAGUAUUUGCUAUCUGAUUUAUUGAUAAAAUUAUGAUCCAAUUAUGUAACUAAGGAGUUCAUGUUACAUACAUCUGAGAGAGUCGAAAAAAAUGUAGUCAUAUUUUCAUUGAAAAAUCUGAUUGGCAAUGCUUGAGAUAAGUUGCCUAAUUGAGGAUCCUGCCCUGAAUAUGGGAGCUAGUUAAGGGAAUUGUUUUAAUUUGAAACAUAAGAUCUUAAUAUAUUGUCUUCCAAAUUUAUGUA